CCUGGGCCUCUAAAGGUUCAAACUUCAACAAAAUCUCGUCGCCUCUCAGAUGGGUCUCUCUAGAUUUUUCAAGCUUUUACCAAAACCAUCCAAAAAUCCCUUCUUUCUUUUCCCAAAUCCUCAAACUGGUUCUCCCAGAUCAGUGAGAUCACUCACAAACCUUACUAGUAAUCCAAACCCCUAUGUUGAACACCCAUCUGGGCUCUUACGCAAUCCCAAUCCUGGUAUUUACAGAGCAAUCCAUGGCACUCUAUACAAAACCCAAGUGCUUGAUGAGGCCAAUACCCACGAUAUCACCCAAGAGGCUGAGAAAAUCAGCAAAAUUCUAUCCACGGCCAACUCCAAUCCUCGCAUUGAGAGCUUGCUCGACGGCGCUUCAGUCAAGGUGUCACCAACGCUUGUCGUUGAGGUCUUGAAGAAGCUCAACAACGCCGGCGCUCUGGCGCUCUCGUUUUUCCGGUGGGCCGAAAAGCAAAAGGGGUUUAAGCAUUGCACAGAGAGCUACAAUGCUCUGAUUGAAGCUCUGGGUAAGAUCAAACAGUUCAAGAUAAUAUGGGAAUUGGUAAAUGACAUGAACAACAAAGGCCUGCUCAGCAAAGAGACUUUCGCUUUGAUUUCGAGGCGGUAUGCGAGGGCGAGGAAGGUUUCAGAGGGCAUUAAAGCUUUUGAGAAGAUGGAGAAGUUUGGGAUCAAGUUAGAAGGGUCGGAUUUCAAUAGACUGAUUGAUACUCUGAGCAAGUCGAGGCAGGUUGAGAAAGCACAGGAGGUGUUCGAUGAAAUGAAGCACAGAAGGUUCAAACCUGAUAUUAAGUCGUACACUAUUUUGCUGGAAGGAUGGGGUCAGCAACAGAAUUUUUUGAGGUUGGAUGAGGUUUAUCGAGAAAUGAAGGCUGAAGGGUUCGAUCCAGAUGUUGUGACUUAUGGUAUUUUGAUCAAUGCACAUUGUAAGGGCAAGAAGUAUAACGAAGCGAUUGGAUUGUUUCGAGAGAUGGAAGCGAAGAAUGUGAGGCCUUCUCCUCAUAUCUUCUGUAUGCUGAUUAAUGGAUUAGGCUCAGAAAAGAGAUUGGCUGAAGCUCUUGAGUUUUUUGAAGGGUCCAAAGCCAGUGGUUUAGAACCGGAGGCGCCUACUUAUAAUGCUGUUGUUGGAGCUUACUGCUGGUCAAUGCGGAUCCCUGACGCGUUCGGGGUGGUGGAUGAGAUGAGAAAAUGUGGGAUUGGUCCUAAUUCUCGAACCUACGAUAUAAUCUUGCAUCACUUGGUUAAGCAUCGAAGAACUGAACAAGCUUACUCGGUAUUCCAGAAAAUCAGUAGCGAACCAACAGUAACUGUAAGUACAUACGAAAUCCUAGUGAGGAUGUUUUGCAAUGAGAAGCGAGUGGAUAUGGCAUUACGGGUUUGGGAUGAGAUGAAGACUAAAGGCGUCCUGCCAGGAAUGCACAUGUUCUCCACAUUGAUCAACAGCUUGUGCCAUGAGAACAAGUUAGAUGAUGCAUGCAGGUACUUUCAGGAGAUGCUAGACAUGGGUAUUAGGCCUCCGACACAGUUGUUUAGUAACCUAAAGCAAGCGCUUCUUGAUGAUGGGAGAAAGGAUGCUGUCGUAAGUUUCGGUUUGAAGAUUGAAAAACUGAGAAAAACCCCAUUAGUUGGGUUGCGCUAAAGAGCGAUCUCAGAACAACUAAUCUACAAUGAUGGCUCCUAAGUGCUAAGAUUGAGGGGUCUGGCUAGAACUAUCAUCCUUCUACUUCAUGUAAUGCUCAACUUCUAAUAUAGAAAUGUGGAAUUGGUUUUA